ACAUAUCGAUUCUUUGAAUUUGUGUCGUCUCUGAUUAUGGAAGGUAAAUGGACCUUUUCUUUUUCCAUUUAUGCUUCUUGGUGCUUUACUAUUGAGAUCUUCUUCUCCUAACACAUUUGGAGGGCCUGAUUUGGCAUUUGGACUAGGAAGGAGCGAAACAAAUUUCCAUAUGGAACCCAACAGAGGCAUAACAUUGGAUGAUGUGGUAGGCGUUAAUGAAGCAAAACACAUAUCCAGUAGGUUGUUGAUGUCACAAUCUUUAGGUGUCAUAGCUUAAAGAAUCAAGAAAUAGUUCAAUGUCAAGAAGAAAGCUUAUCAUAUCACGACAAUGAUUUUAGUUAUGGAGGAAUUAGAGCUUCAAAAGAAUUUGCUCUUGAAGUCUAUAUCAAAAGGCGUGUCAUAUCUUUGCAUACGUUGGAUGGUGAAAUUCACAGGCUGCUGUGUCACAUGAUAUAAGUGAUUGUAAACGAACAAAGUUGGAUUGUAAUUCAUUGCUAUCUGCUUGC